UUUUGCCCCUUUUCUUUUAUGGAGAAAAUAAUACAUUUAUAUAUUCUUUCCUUUGCUAAGAAACUUAUUUAUAUAUUCUUUCCUUUUCUUUCUUGAAAGUCUUGGUCCUCAUCUGUUGUGUCUGUUGUCUCCAAUUUUUUCUAUACAAGUCUGUUUCUUUCGACAGUUUUUGAUCCUGUUUGUAGAGUGCGUAUAUUAGGGUUAGGGUUUUAGUAUUUUUUUUUGAUCCAUUUAAUUAUUUUGUAAAUUAUUUUCUCCCUCUUCCUCUCUCUUUUUCUUUUUCUGUAUCUGCGGAUCGAACCUCCCGUUGCAGGGAGGGGGAAAUUAUGGGUGGCGAUGGGGAUUCCAGUGAUGCGGCUGAUUCGGGCGUCGACAGUGGAGUUAAUGUUCACAUCCGAUGCUCGAACGGGUCGAAGUUUUCUGUGAAGAUUAACCUUGACUCAACGGUUGGGGCAUUUAAAGCUCUUUUGGCGCAGAAUUGUGAUGUCCCCGCCGAGCAACAGCGGUUGAUUUACAAGGGUCGGAUCUUGAAGGACGACCAAACCCUAGAAAGCUAUGGUUUGCUGGCAGAUCACACUGUUCACAUGGUUCGUGGUUUUGCUCCAGCUGCAUCAACCAAUACUGGUGGUUCUGCCAAUGUUGGAGGUCCAAACACCACUGCAGGUGUUAGGAGUGUAAGCUCCACUGAAGGAGGGGCUUUCGGAGGAGGAGCUGGUUUGGGAGCUGGUCUUGAAGCAUCUCUAUUUCCAGGACUUGGUGUUAAUGGACUGGGUGGCAAUGGAAUGCCUGGUCUAUUUGGAACUGGGCUUCCUGAGUUUGAGCAAGUGCAGCAGCAACUUACUCAGAACCCAAAUAUGAUGAGGGAAAUAAUGAACAUGCCUGUAAUCCAGAACCUAAUGAAUAAUCCUGACCUAAUGCGUAACUUGAUCAUGAGCAAUCCUCAAAUGCGUGAGAUCAUCGAUCGUAAUCCUGAUCUUGCUCAUAUACUUAAUGAUCCCAGCACUCUUCGACAGACACUAGAGGCAGCAAGGAACCCUGAACUCAUGCGGGAAAUGAUGCGGAAUACUGACAGGGCAAUGAGCAAUAUUGAGUCAUCUCCGGAAGGAUUCAACAUGCUCAGGCGCAUGUAUGAAACUGUUCAGGAACCAUUUCUGAAUGCAACAACUAUGGCUGGAGAUACUGGAAACGAUUUGGGUUCAAACCCAUUUGCAGCCCUUCUGGGGAACCAAGGUGGGACACAGGCCAGAGAUCGAUCAAACAAUCCAUCAACCACUGGUUCUGAAACAACCACUGGGUCUCCUGCUCCAAAUACAAACCCCCUCCCCAACCCAUGGAGCAAUGCUGCUGCUGGAGGUGCACAGGCAAACACAACCACAAGGUCAACUCCUGCAGGGGAUGGGAGGACUCCUGGAAUUGGUGGUUUAUCUGCGCUUGGUCUUCCCGAGAUGGAACGCAUGCUUGGUGGCAUGCAGGAUACUUCGAUGUUGAAUCAGUUUAUGCAAAACCCUGCCGUAUCACAGAUAAUGCAAAGUCUUCUCUCUAAUCCUCAGUAUAUGAAUCAGAUAAUUGGUUUAAAUCCACAGCUACGUAGCCUGCUUGAUUCCAAUUCUCAGUUGAGAGAAAUGAUGCAAAACCCAGAAUUUCUUCGUCAGUUGACUUCCCCCGAGACGAUGCAGCAAGUUUUGGCUUUACAGCAGUCACUUCUUUCUCAGCUUGGUCGGCAACAAUCAACCCAGGAGCCAGGUCAAACUGGUGCUGGUGCAGGAACUCCUAAUAAUAUGGGAUUGGAGUUAUUGAUGAACAUGUUUGGUGGGCUCGGUGCAGGCAGUUUGACUACACCCAACACAUCCAAUGUGCCUCCUGAAGAACUUUAUGCAACCCAGCUCGCACAGCUUCAAGAAAUGGGUUUCUUUGACACCCAAGAGAAUAUCCGUGCGUUAAGUGCCACUGCAGGGAAUGUCCAUGCUGCAGUUGAGCGACUCUUGGGGAACCCGGGUCAGUAAUUCUAUUCUCCUAUUUAACGUCUAGUCUGCAUCGAGCCAGUUAGGGCAAAAGAUUGAGUUUCGUAAGAUGGCAGAAUGUACGGGCACAUUUGGAUUCCAUUUUGGUCAUGAAUAAGUAUUAUUAGUAAUAGUAAACUUCUUGGUGUAAGACUGAAUUAUUGGACAUACCAUGAGAUGAAGUAAAGAAAAACAACCGUUUUUUUGUCAUAUUAUCAAGAAAUGAAGGCCUUGGUCCUUGUACAUACCAUGUAAACACUUUUUUUUUUAACAUUUGUGUUCUUAUUGUUUGCUAAAUUUCUGGUUACCUGGUCUUAA